AUGUCAUCACACCAGCGGUCGUUUUCCCACUCCCAAUCCGGGACGAGGGAAAAGACGUACUUUGAGCAGCAGCGCGAGGAGCUCAUUGGGGAAAUUGCCAUGAGCUUCGAACAUGUCCUCGCCAAUAUCAACAAGCUGAACCGCUCGCUUGAGGCCGUUAUUACGGUUGGAAACGAAUUCUCCUCGGUUGAGGCGUUGUGGUCGCAGUUCGAGAACGUCAUGGCCAAGGAGCCGGAGCAGCCCAAGGAGGGCGAGGGGAGCGGCGAGGGAGAGGCGAAGAGCGAGGAGCGUCAUGAAUGA